UUAUCAUUGCCUUUGUCCUACUUUAUUAAUAGUUGUGGUCCAGGCAUCUGGUUAGGUCAUCCAAUUAUCGAUUUUGCCUUGGAUUAUGGUAGAUCUCAUUUUACAGCAGUGGACAUUAUGGAUUUAUUACCUGACCAAGAAUUGGAAAAUAAUAAUCAUGGAAUCACUUUAUCUUCAUCAGAAAUACAAUCACAUCAUCAAUCGAUCGACCAAUCAUACUUUAACUUUUCACCUCUUCAUCCAAUGUUACCUACAAGUAUGUCAAGUAGUACAUGGCAUCAACAACAACAACAACAACGAUCUCAGCCUACUGUAAAUUCAUCAGGUAUCAGCCCAUCUACUGAUGGAUCAUCUACGUAUAUGACCGAAUCAGUAUCAUCAUCAUCAUCAUAUUCUGGUUAUUAUUCUACUUUAUCAAAUUCAUCUUCCAAGUCUAGAACUUUACCUUGUCGAUCACCAUUCUCCAAUCUAGAUAUUUAUGCUUUGGAUGUACGUGAAUAUGGACUUCCUUUUCCGGACAAUAGUUUUUAUUUUGUCAUGCAGCGACUAUCUACACCAGCUUACACUAAUCAAAAUUGGAAAUUUGUGGUCAGUGAACUUAUACGAGUAACACAACCUGGUGGAUUUAUACAACUAGUAGAAAUCGAUUAUAAUUCUCAAAAUUUAGGUCCUGCAGGUCAAGCUUGGCAAGAUAAAUUAUGUCAAGUCAUGGCCAAAACCAAAAAACUUGAUCCACAUAUGGCAAGUCAUAUGGAUAUUGUAUUGGAAGAAAAUGGAUUAGUAAAUGUGAAAAAGAAAAAAAUAUCAAUGCCUUUUGGACCAUGGGGAUUAGAUAUUGGUGUAUUAUGGCAACAAAAUUUAGAAGCAUUUAUUGAAGCAUCCGCUCCAGCACUUGGACAAGCUCUUGGAAUAUCAUCAGAAGAAUGUAAAGCGAUGUGGCAAGACUUCAAGGAUGAAUUGGUACACGUCAAAGCCUUUACAAAUGUUUAUGCAGUUUGGGGACAGAAACCAUUAGUAUAGUCUUAUAUAUAUAUUAUUUGUUAUUAUUAUGUGGUAUCAAUAUAAUUUUUAUUAUGGAAAUAAAAAAAAGAAAUCAUUUAGUAUUUUACCG